ACAACAAAUUAACUGAAUACGAUUGAAUUGUUUAUGUUACGCCCGUUCAGUUCUGUGUAGGUACUCUGUGCAUCUUCAUAAAGACAAAAAGUGAUGUUCGACAAAUUUUACGGUUGUUUACACAUAACAACAAUGCUUUGAUGAAAACAUAAUCGCACGUUAUGAGAAACAAUGAAAAUUCAGGGACGGGUUCAUGACAAACGAAUCACGAUCGUACAGCUGCGUCAGAGGAACUGGAAUAGAUUCACAUGUAAUACUGGGCGUGAAAUUAAAGGAUAAACAAAUGAAGUCCGGAGCGGCUGCGAUAAUAAUGAGGCAGCAGUCCGCAUCAGAAGGUGUCAAGCAGCAGACACGGACGGCGUGACCCGGCACCGCGACUCGCCCGCGGCGCAUCGUCCGAACUGGGGCAUAUCAAUAAGCGUGUCCCACUUACCUGGUUCGUCGUGAAGGCGUUGCGGCGGUGCAUUCAGGCGGAGGGCGUCGAGGGCGAUGUCAAGCAAAUCGUUCACGUCGGGUAGCGUGCGGUCGUGCGCCGGCUCCGUCCGUCUGGGCCCCUCCAGCGGGCACGAGGUGGUGCUCGACGCGCUCUACGAGCGGAAGCGCGACAAGAAGAGCGUGCGCGUUCUCACCGUCAUCAUUUACGUGUUCUGCGUGUCCCUCGCCGCUAUCAUGCUCUCGCUCUACUACGUGUUCUUCUGGGAGCCCAAGGACGCGCAAUACGCGCAACGCAAGGUGUCUCACACUGUAGAGAAGCAAACCAGCACUACACCAAUGCCCACAUGCUUUAUGCCCCACACUGGAGGAAGCAAUAUCACAGUGAACAACCUCAUCACUGAACCAACACCAACUAAUAUUAGUGAAGAAUCCACCACCGCAACGAAUACAGGCCCGAAUGAAACAAUUUCUGAUGAGUCGAUGCUGUUAAAUUCCCCGUCCACGUUGCAGACUCCCUACAAUGGCACAUUGUAUGAUAUUGGAAUGUUCAACGAAACUGACACCAUCACAUGACGUCUGCAUAAGGUUAUUAAUUUAAAAAUAGCAAAAUACGAAUACAUGAAGAUAGAAUAGGUAAUAUCUAUAUAGAACAAAUGGCCAAUUUUAUUUCUAUAUAUUAUUUUAAAUUAUGUAUACCUACCUAUUAGAGAAGUAGAUGCUAUUAAAAAUAUAAAAUAGAACUAAAACACCAAUUUGAAUAUAGGUAUUAUUUACAUACCUACAUAUUGUAUUAGGUACAAGAGUUAAAUAGGUACCUACCUAUUUGGGUUUAAUGUAGUGUUGUAUGAAAAGAGUAGACCUAUGUAAUGUCUAAGACAAUUUAAAAAACUUUAUGAUAAACAUAUUUUACUAGUUGCCUAAAAUGUUACAUUGGCUAUAAUAUGUUGCCUACUAAACCUAAGGAACUACAAUAGAUAUUUAAUAAAAAAUAUAUCUUCUAGUUUCACAUUAUCAUAUGAAACUGAAAAAAGUAUAUGCCUAAUAUUACAUAGAUUAUUCGUUACUUUACGUUUAUAAUAAAUAUUGAUCUCAUAAUUUUAUGAUAAAAAAUAAAUUUUAGGUCUCUUAAAAAAAUAUAAUUUUAAUAAAUACAAGACAUUUUGCUGUUGUAAGUACCUAUAACGUAAAUUUUACUGAGGAUUUAAAAUAAGGACUCCAUUAUCGUCAUUCGUAGUACUAAUAAACAUUUUGUACCUACCUACAAAGGAAUAAAAAUCAACGAAGUUAUUAAUUAUAUCAAUUAUAUAUACUGUAUAAACCCACGUAAAUUGUAUAAACGUGCCAUUAUAACUUUGGUGACGCGGAGUCCUUUUUGGUCGCAGUUAUUUAUCUUGCACAUGGAAACUGAAACGGUACCUAAUUAAAUGGCAUAAAGGUAUGGAUAUAAGUAAUAAUUUUGGUAUAUUCUUCAUUAUUAUAUUGUAUUAUUGUUAUAGUAAACACGAUAUAUAGCAAAGUUGAUGAUGUAGAUAAUGAAUGCAAAUUAAUUGAAAAAGACGAAAUGAUACGGUUUAAAAUAAUUAAAUCGUCCUAAAAAUUUUCAAUACAUUAAGAUAAUAAAUGAAACCAGUCAUUAAAACAAAUUUCUCUGGAA